CAGCCUAACGGUGAAGAUUAAACGUCUGGAUUAGACUUGGGGAGGGAGUUAUUCUUCAGAAGCAGCUCCUUGGCAGCACAAGAGGAAAAGAGAUGUGAGAAGCGAUUGGGAUGUAAUUCUGCGGUGGAGAUCUGUUAAGGAGCCCGGAUCGGAGAGGAGAGAAGCAAUGGGAAUUGGAGGCCAUGGUAACCUGACAUAAAUGGCAGGCUGGAGGCGAUUUCACCUGUUCGCGUCCUGCUUUUACUGCCUUUUACUGUGCUGUUGCUGCUGCUCUCCUGAGGGACUCCACAUAUUGGCAUUGGGCAGCCAGAGGACAGUGCUGAAGCAAUUUAGGUGAAUACUGGAAGAAGGUGGGGUGUUUGGCCUCACCAUGAUUCAUCUAUGGAAACUGGUUCGGCACAUGCGUCAGCUGGAACUCCACCGCUUGAUCCUGCUGUUGAUUGCAUUCAGCUUAGCAUCCAUGUGCUUCUUGGCUUACUAUGUCACCAACAGCCCUAAAAUUAAGGAGCCUCCCCCUCUACCCUUUAGUGACUGCAGCAACCAGCAGAGGAUUGUGGUUCAGCCCCAAGCUAGCUGGCGUACAGCCAAAUCUAUGGACACCUCCCGUACUGAACCCGUGGUGCUUGUAUUUGUUGAGAGCAUAUACUCCCAGCUUGGGCAGGAGAUUGUUGCCAUCUUGGAAUCUGGCAGAUUUAGGUACAGGACAGAAAUUGCUCCAGGUAAAGGAGAUAUGCCAACCUUGACCGAUAAAGAUCGGGGCCGCUAUGCUCUCAUCAUUUAUGAGAAUAUCCUGAAAUAUGUCAAUUUAGAUGCCUGGAACAGGGAGCUUCUGGACAAAUAUUGUGUGGAAUACGGUGUUGGCAUCAUUGGAUUCUUCAAAGCUAAUGAAAACAGCUUGUUAAGUGCACAACUGAAAGGUUUCCCACUCUUCCUACAUUCCAAUUUGGGAUUGAGGGACUACCACAUUAACCCCAAUGCACCACUUCUGUAUGUUACCAGAGCUAAUGAGGUGGAGCAAGGUCCUCUUCCUGGAGAUGAUUGGACAGUGUUCCAGUCUAACCAUAGCACGUAUGAACCUGUACUGCUGGCUAGCACCAAGUCUGCAGAAUCCAUUCCUCACCUUGCUACACACAAAGCACUUCAUGCCACCGUGGUACAAGACUUGGGCCUUCAUGAUGGCAUCCAACGGGUGCUUUUUGGCAACAAUCUUAACUUUUGGCUACACAAACUUAUUUUUGUUGAUGCUAUUGCUUACUUAACUGGCAAGCGUCUCUGCCUCACUCUUGACCGAUAUGUUUUAGUGGACAUUGAUGAUAUAUUUGUUGGUAAAGAAGGAACACGAAUGAAGGUUUCUGAUGUGGAGGCGCUGCUGAACACCCAGAGCAAGCUAAGAACACUAGUACCAAAUUUCACUUUUAACUUGGGCUUUUCAGGAAAGUUCUACCACACAGGCACAGAUGAGGAAGAUGAGGGGGACGACAUGCUGCUCAUGCACAGGAAGGAAUUCUGGUGGUUCCCACAUAUGUGGAGUCACAUGCAGCCUCAUUUAUUCCACAAUGUCACUGUUCUUGCAGAGCAGAUGAAACUCAACAUGCAAUUUGCUCUGGAACAUGGUAUUCCCAUAGAUUUGGGAUAUGCAGUGGCACCUCAUCAUUCUGGUGUGUACCCCAUCCACAGCCAACUGUAUGAUGCUUGGAAAUCUGUGUGGAAUAUACAGGUUACCAGCACGGAAGAGUACCCUCACCUGAGACCAGCCCGCUAUCGCAGAGGAUUCGUUCACAACAACAUCAUGGUGUUGCCAAGGCAGACCUGUGGACUUUUCACUCACACAAUAUUCUACAAUGAAUAUCCAGGAGGAUCGAAAGAGCUGGAUAAAUCCAUUCGUGGUGGUGAACUCUUCCUGACUGUCCUUCUGAACCCAAUCAGCAUCUUCAUGACACAUCUCUCGAACUACGGCAAUGACCGCCUGGGGCUCUACACAUUUGAAAGCUUGGUGAAGUUUGUGCAGUGCUGGACCAACCUGAGACUACAGACUCUGCCACCUGUCCAACUGGCUAAGAAGUACUUUGAGAUCUUCCCCCAAGAGAAGAACCCACUGUGGCAGAACCCUUGUGAUGACAAGAGACAUAAGGACAUCUGGUCUAAAGAGAAGACUUGUGAUAGGCUGCCCAAGUUCCUUGUUGUCGGACCCCAAAAGACAGGUACAACUGCACUAUACACUUUCCUCACCAUGCAUCCUGCUGUCACCAGCAAUUUCCAGAGCCCGGUCACCUUUGAAGAGAUCCAGUUUUUUAAUGGACAGAAUUACCACAAGGGCAUUGAUUGGUACAUGGAUUUCUUCCCCAUACCUUCCAAUGCCAGCACAGAUUUCAUGUUUGAGAAAAGCGCCAAUUACUUUGACACAGAAGUGGUACCAAAACGGGCAACCGCUCUCCUCCCCAGAGCCAAAGUUAUUGCCAUCCUGAUCAGUCCUGUUGAUCGUGCUUACUCCUGGUACCAGCACCAGCGAGCACACAAUGACCCUGUGGCACUGAACUACACCUUUGCUCAAGUAGUAAUUGCUGGAUCACAUGCCCCACAACAGCUGAAGAACCUUCAGAGCCGAUGUUUGGUCCCAGGAUGGUACGCUACUCACCUGGAGAGAUGGCUUACUUACUACCCACCCAGUCAACUUCAUAUAGUUGAUGGCCAAGAGCUGAGGAACAACCCAGCCGCAGCCAUGGACAGUAUCCAGAGGUUCUUGGGAGUGACACCACAUUUCAAUUACACCCAGGCAUUGAAGUAUGAUGAAUCAAAAGGAUUUUGGUGUCAAGUGGCUGAAAAUGGGAAAACAAAAUGCCUUGGAAGAAGCAAAGGCCGCAAAUACCCCGACAUGGAGCCUUCGACACGGAGCCACCUUGUAGACUUUUACCGGGAAAACAACAUUGAACUGUCUAAGCUGCUGAACCGAUUGGGACAACCUCUGCCAACCUGGCUGCGGGAGGAGCUCCAGAAUCCCAGCAGGAGUUGAACUUGGCCUCCAGGUGGGAGGAAGUGAUAUACAGUCUUACCAGACUGCUGACCAUUUCUUGUCUCUGUGGUGAUUAUCAGCACUACGACUGUUCAUCGUUCCUUGUGGGAGCACACAGACUUAAGUUCUCAUUGCUGUGGAAUGUGGACCUCUUGUACUGCAAUGAUGAACUUCACCAUGUGACCAUAACUGGGCCUCCUGGGACUGGAGUAGGGGGCAUCCGUGACUACAAAUGCACCUCUUGUGGGAAAGUGUUACCAUUUGCUAAGAGUAUCAUGGUGCCAGAAUCACACAAAU